CAGUACAUCAUAUCUUCUGAAUCGGAGCUCUAUAAGGAAAAUAAAGUCAAUUAUUCGGCUCUGAUCGUUGUUUGAUCUUCUAUUUCCCAAAUCGAAGUCGAAAGUCAUGGCAAGAGACGGAAGCAGAGAUGAACAUGAAGCACGCCCUGGUCACUACCUUCUUCUGUCGGAAACUGAAGUUGUUCCGGUCUCAGAUGAUGAUGAUUCACGGCUUCACCAGCUUGGUUACAAGCAGGAACUCCGCCGUGGCCUCACGGCAAUAGGCAGUUUCUCGGUAACGUUCUCCAUCAUAUCGAUACUUACUGGUCUGAACACGAUGUAUGGGAACGGACUAAGGUAUGGUGGGCCUAUGACGAUGAUAUACGGGUUUCCGGUGGUGGGGUUGCUAAGCCUCGCCGUUGGCCUCUCGAUGGCGGAGAUUUGUUCGGCAUACCCGACGUCCGGGGGCCUUUACUUCUGGAACGCCAAGCUUUGCGGAAACCAGUGGGGUCCACUCGCUUCUUGGCUCACGGGCUGGGUGAUAUCCAACUUUGCCUUCUCGUUCUCGAUUAUAUCCGUGCUUACGGGUAUAACCACGCUGUACAACACUGGACUUACAUAUGGAGGCACGAUCUCGAUGGUUUACGGGUGGUUUAUAGCCGGAGUGUUUACUAUGUUUGUGGGAUUGUCGAUGGCUGAAAUUUGCUCGUCUUACCCGACUUCGGGCGGGCUGUACUAUUGGAGCGCCAAACUUGCGGGCAAUAACUGGGCUCCAUUCGCCUCUUGGUUGACUGGCUGGUUCAACAUCGUUGGUCAGUGGGCAGUCACCACAAGCGUAGAUUUCUCACUCGCGCAGCUGAUUUCGGUGAUCAUCCUCCUCAGCACGGGUGGAAAGAACGGUGGAGGAUAUGAAGCAUCAAAAUAUGUGAUCAUGUGUUUCCACGGAGGAAUCUUGCUCCUUCACGCAAUCAUAAACAGUCUCCCCAUCUCAGUGCUGUCUUUCUUCGGGCAGAUAGCUGCUGCAUGGAAUCUCCUAGGGGUCGUAGUUCUCAUGAUCCUGAUUCCUUCUGUUGCGAAGCAAAAGGCUAGUGCAGAGUUUGUGUUCACUCACUUCAAUACUGAUAAUGGGGAAGGCAUAGACAGCAAAGCGUACAUAUUCGUUCUUGGACUUCUUAUGAGUCAGUAUACUCUGACUGGGUACGACGCAUCUGCCCACAUGACAGAGGAAACCAAGAAUGCUGACACGAACGGGCCUCGAGGAAUCAUAAGCUCGAUUGCAAUUUCCAUCAUCUUCGGUUGGGGCUACCUUAUUGGAAUCUCCUUUGCAGUAACCAACAUCCCUUAUUUGUUGAGCACAGACAAUGACGCUGGUGGAUAUGCCAUUGCUGAGGUAUUCUACUUGGCAUUCAAGGACCGUUAUGGUAGUGGAGUCGGAGGAAUUGUCUGUCUAGGAAUUGUCGCUAUUGCGAUUUUUUUCUGCGGCAUGAGUUCAAUUACUAGCAAUUCUCGGAUGGCUUAUGCGUUCUCCAGAGAUGGGGCAAUGCCAUUUUCGUCACUGUGGCAUAAGGUGAACAAGCAGGAGGUCCCAAUAAAUGCUGUUUGGCUCUCCGCUGUUGCUGCCUUCUGUAUGGCGCUGACGUCUCUCGGGAGCUAUGUAGCAUUUGAAGCGAUGGUCUCCAUAGCAACCAUCGGGCUUUACAUCGCAUAUGCCCUGCCCAUUUUCUUCAGGGUGACUCUGGCCCGGAAGUCCUUUGUCCCUGGGCCAUUCAACUUAGGCCGGUUCGGAGUCCUUGUAGGCUGGGUCGCAGUCCUCUGGGUCGCUACGAUCUCAAUCCUCUUCUCGCUGCCCGUCGCCUAUCCCAUCACCAAGGAGACGCUAAACUACACGCCAGUCGCAGUUGGCGGACUGCUAAUUCUCACCAUUUCAACUUGGAUCUUUAGUGCCAGGCACUGGUUUACCGGGCCCAUUAAAAACUUAGAUGAUUCGAAUUAAUGUGCUUCUUCUAUCUGUGAUAAUUGCUCAAAUUGAUAUGCUUUCUUCCGUCUGUAAAAAUGCUGUAAAAAAACAUUGUGUGUCGGAUGAAAAUAUUUAAUUUUUUAUGUGAAAUUUGUUCAAUCAAAGAAAUUUUCCUCUAUUGUUGCA